ACCGUUUCACAUUUUAAGGUUUUAGGGUUUCUGAAAAGCUUACUAUAAAUUCUGUUUCUUUAACCUUAUCCUACGUUGGCUAGCAGACGACGGCACAACACGCUUCACCGGAGAUUUCAGAGGAGCGAAAAUGGUGAACAUUCCCAAGACAAAGAAGACAUACUGCAAGAACAAGGAAUGCAAGAAGCAUACCUUGCACAAGGUUACCCAAUACAAGAAGGGUAAAGACAGUCUUGCUGCCCAAGGAAAGCGUCGUUAUGACCGUAAACAAUCCGGUUAUGGUGGUCAGACUAAGCCUGUCUUCCACAAGAAGGCUAAGACCACGAAGAAGAUUGUCUUGAGGCUUCAGUGCCAAACCUGCAAGCACUUCUCUCAGCACUCGAUCAAGAGGUGCAAGCAUUUUGAGAUCGGUGGAGACAAGAAGGGAAAGGGAACAUCACUUUUCUAAGCUGGUCUCGUCUUGAGCUUUUUACAAGUUUUGUACUUCGUUGGAUCUUGAUUUCAUCUGUUUUAGCUCUCGUAUAAGAUUGUUUCUCAUCCUUGCUUGUUGACUCUAAUAUUUUGUAUCAUCAAGAUAUGGUUUUUCUUUUUAUCUUUGCACUCAUCAGUCAAUACAAUCAAAGUAAAACUUAA